AAGAUGAUGUACCUGUAAUUGAUGAUGAUGACAAUGAUAAUGAAGAUGGCAAUGAGGAGAGACAGAUACAGAAAUACCACAGUCUCCUCCAGUCGUUAGAUGACGACAAAAACCAGAAGAAAAAGAAAGAGGUCGAAAUGGAGGUCACAUGGGAACCAGGUUUAAAAGAGACAACAGAGAAGAUUGUGAAACAUAAAGAAAAGACGAAAGACCAGACUCCAUGGGACCAGUAUCUAAUGAAGAAAAAAGAGAGGAGACAAAGAAAGAAAGAAGAAAGAAUGAACAGAAAAAUGACGAUUGAUAAAGAACCAGAGGAGAGGGCAGCCUUCAGUGAUGACGAUCUACCAGUUAGGGUAGACGAGGAUUUAUUCUUCAAACAGAGUCCUUCGUGA